AGGCGUCAGAAGCAGACAAAUUCAAGCUGAUGCCUAGGCAUGUAUAGUGGGAGCUUAGACCUGAGGUAAUGAAGGUAGCGGCCGACGCAAAUGGUGAGUGGGCAAAGUUUAAAGAGGAGAUGCAGAGACGUUUCAAGUUAGGUGACGGCCUGCUCACUAAAGAAGACCUGGAAAUGUUGAGACGUGAUGAGUUCUCCACAGUGGCGGCCUUCGCUACGGCGUUUGAGAAAAUGGCAAAGAAAGUCCCAGGGUUGGCAGAAGAGCAGCAGUUUGCCACUUUCCUAGGGCACUUCAAGAACUGGGAGGGCUCGUCGCUAACUAAGAAGGCUGCGCCAGGAAAGAAGCUCACUUGGGCUGCCAUAAAGGAAGGCGUAAUGGACGGAGAACUGGACCAGGUAGACAUCUUCCAGAUGAGGCAGGCUAGGAAGAAAAGGAAGGCCUUAGACGCUACGACGAGUGAUGGGCGCGACUUCAAGAAAAUGGUGGAGGAUGCGGUGGCCCAACUCGAUGCAGCGAAGGAGGCAAGAAGAAAAACCAUGGCAGCGCCACAGACCGUAGGGAAAGCGAAAAAGGCAGUAGUGCAGGAAGAACAAGAAGAGGAAGAAGAAGAGGAGCCUGAGCCGCAGAAGCUGACAAAGGCUCAAAGGAAAGCAAGGAAUUUCGCUCAAGGAGGGCAAGGCUCAGGGAGGGGCCAAGUCCCACAAGCUGUAGCCAUGCCGCCCUCUGAGUCACCUAGCCUAAUCAACACCAACUAUGAUGGGGAUAUGUACGACAAGUGGGGGUACCACCUUGAUCCAAGGACCCCAGGCGGGACAAGGAAGAAGGCCCUACGACGAGCCGAGGCAGGUGAACCACCCGCUCCUCCAGCCAUGUUUCGGAUAUGGCAGGAGAAAGGGGUCCGUAGUGACAACAGGGUUGAAAAGGUGGGAGAGAACGAAGAGGUGGAGCAAGAGCGGAAAGCCGACACUACUAAGGCUGAGCCCAUCAUAGUAGAGUCGGACGAUGAGAUUGAAGAGGAUUACUGGAACAGGCCGUUGCACGUUGAGACAGGGGAAGACUAUUGGAGAACGGUCCGACAGACGAUGGAGAAUAUGGACGACUUAAUGGAUAAAAUUCGAAGGUACCAGGGAAAGCUGGUUGAUUUAUGCGAAGAGGUUAAGGAGUGGCAAGGGCAGAAGCCACAAGUCUUCAUGUAUGGGUCAGGCCCAAAAUUGCAUGGGCCGGAGACCGGUACGAAAAUGGACUAGAAGUCCGUGGCGUGCGGGUGUUUUGAUGUUGUUGUAAAGGGGAAAGCAUGCACGGCAAUAGUGGACACAGGCGCAAAAAUGAACCUCAUCAAUGAGG